AUGCACCCACCUACAAAUUAUGACUCCAAUUGCGCCCCUAUCUAUGAUCCAACUUUCAUUCCUUUAACCUUCACUAUAUGGAAUUCUACUGGCCUCCCUCGUUCAGCAAUAUCUGCAGUUACCAACACGUUACAGUCAAGCUCACUCUUGUUUAUUACUGAAACAUGGCUAUUGCCCUCACUCCAAUACCAUACACACUGGCAGCAAUAUCAUACAUAUGCAGUACCUGUUUCGUCUACUUACCGUGGUCAAAUGGGUAUAACUUUACUAGUCAAUCCUGAUUGUCCAUUUUCGGUGGCCCAUCUCCCAUCAACGUCACUCUAUAGCCUUUCCUGUCAAGUCUCUCAUUUUCUUAUCCAUUGUCUUUACCUACCACCCUCUCUAUCGGAUGAAGAAUGUAUCCAGGUAUUGAACGACUUACCUCUGUCAAGCAACUCCUCCCAAACAAACACUAUCUUUUGCGGAGACUUUAACGCGAGACAUCGACAAAUACUUGGUGAUUCCUUGACGAGCCCAAGAGGUCACCGUGUGUUUGACUGGGCCAAUAACUUGGGUCUCACCUGCUGGAAUGAGCAAUUGGCUAAAGGUGUGCCUACAUACUAUACACAACAUAGAAACCAAAUCAAGAAAAGUAUCAUCAAUCUAUUCUUUAGUUUGACUGAUGAAUUGAUCAAUCCACGAAUGGAAGUCAUUCAAAACUCCCAUAUGGGUUCUACUCAUUUCCCUGUAUCUCUUUCACUCUUGUGCGCUCAAACUCCUAUUGGUCAACCCAAUCACCCUAGACUCCUUUGGAAAUUGGCUAAAUUACAAGAACUCCCAGUUCGUCAGCUGUAUCAGGAUCUAUUUGCUAUUAAGGCUUCGCCGCUGCUUGCUGACCUUCGUGACUUAGUUAAGUAUUCAAUUGAUUUAUACAAAGGACGCAUUGAUAAUUCUUUUACCUCUACUCAGGAUUCAUCAUCUUCAUUCUCUUUGGAUAUCGAUGACCUGACCAAACCCCGCUUAUCCUCCAAUGCAUGGUACUGGACAGACAAUCUGCAAUCAUUGUUUGACGCUCGUGAGAAUGCUCACCGUCAAUGGAGACGUGCCACUCCCGGUAGCAUUGGUAAAGCUUUACUCUGGAAAGAGUAUCGUAGAAUGUAUCAGUCCUUUACAGUUGAACUUAAACGGCAACGUCCGUCAUCUUUCGAAUAUUUGGGCAUUCCAUUCAACACCAAGGCUCAAGUUAAUGUCUCUCUUUUGAUUCGUCAAAACGCAAGGUCUGCUCUCACAGCUAUGCAUGCUGGGUUCUCUUCUCUGGGAUUCUUCAAGCAAAUUCGUUUUUCUAAACUGACAGCUGCUCGCCUUUACAGUAUCUUUAUACGUCCAAAAUUGGAAUAUGGUAUUUGCCUUGGUCUUUACCGAAAAUCUGAUUUUGCAACUCUAGAACAUGCACAAGAUACUUGUUUGCGACUCUGCAUCAAUAGUCAUUCAAAGGGAACAACCGGAUCGUUCAAACUGAUGACCAACCUUCCCUCUCUGGCCGAACGCAAAGAAUACCUUGUCUUCAAGAUGAUGAUUCGUUUUGAAACUCUUCCAGAAGACACACUGAUAAUGCAAAUAACGACACACAUUGAUACAUACCCCUUUGCUCGGCAAACGCAGAUCUUUCUCUGGCCACAAGUAUCAAACAAGAAUCACAUUUGGUUACACCUUAGCGAUAGCUACAAUACGCUCUCCAGCUGGGUUGAAGCUGAUGGAAACGCCAAGAAGCAACUUUUGGGACUUCGUCAGCGCAAUUUGAAUGCUCUUCGUGCACAAACCAAUGCCCCCGUCCUUCUCUCUGCCUGCAGGCCUUUUGUUGGCCAGAUUGAUCCUCCCUUGCUGCUACCUAUGUCGAUUUAUGACCGCCAAAGAGUUCUCCGUUGGCGUCUUGGGUGGAUUCCAAAGUACACCUCUACUUGCUCAUGUGGCACAUCACCUGUCAGUCGAAGACAUGUACUCGGUUGCCUACGCGCCGCUGAACGCUUGAGAUUACCAGCUGAUAUACAGCCUAAUCUAAUUGAUUAUGUCCUGAAUCAGUUACCUAGAAUAUCACGCUCUCCAAGCCUACAAGCUCAAAGACUCGACCGCUACACACGAUGGUCAAAUUGGUGGCCAACAAUCUCUCAACUGCUUCUUGAAAUUGAAACUAUUGAUCUUCCUGACAAGACUUUUUCAAGUGAAGAAAAAGAUACCUCUGGUCCUCGUCCUAGUUCCUGGAAACAAAUACUCACAGUGUUUGGCUAA